AUGGAGGCAUUGCUGGGGACAACACUGUUGCAUGGAACGUCGCAGGUCGCGACUUCGUCUUUGCAGGGAGGGGUCGUAGCCCUCUACUUUUCCGCUGGAUGGUGCCCUCCGUGCAAAGGAUUCACUCCUCAAUUCCGCAAAGUGUACGAGCACGCAAAAUCGAAGAAUCGAGCCUUGGACGUGGUCUUUGUAUCCAGCGAUCGUGACGAGAUCUCUUUCCGGGAGUACUUCGCCAAAAUGCCGUGGCAUGCACUGCCCUUUGCGGAUCGCCAGCGGCAACAGCAGCUCUCUGCACACUUCGGUAUCCGCGGAAUUCCUUCGGUUGUCCUGCUCAACUCUUCUGGGCAGCUGCUGGAUGCCAGCGCACGAGGCAAGGUCAUGGAGCCUGGUUUCGUCCUGUCCCUGCCACGCUCCAUCGACUUAGCGUCGGCAGCGCUGCCUGAGCCGUCGGGCGCCCUCCAGUUGCAGCUGCGGUACAAAGGGUGCGAGUAUGACAUCGAAUGUGAGCCCAGUGAAGGCUGGGAAAUGCUGCGCAUGCAGAUCUACUCCAUGAUUGACGUGCCAUCCGAGCAGUUGAAGCUGUUUGGGUUGGGACUUGACAAAGGUCAAUUGGAUGAGUCCGUCCCUCUACCGCGGGCCUUGGCGAGGGGCAUUGCGGCGCAGAAGAAUUCGGGUCUCCAACUGGCCAAGGUGCCAUUAGAAGCAAGACGAGCCUCCUCGAGUCACGAUGACGAUAAGCCAGGGCAAAGGCAUCACACUGGAACCUUGGACUCCGCCAGCGCUUGGUGUUCCAAGCGCGAAGACUGCAGUCCCUGGUACCAGUUGGACCUGGGAGAGGUCGGGAAUGUUGCUGGAGUGCUCUUGGCUGCACGCGUGGAUUGUGGCCAAUGGGUCACAAGGUUCCGGGUUGAGCUGGCUGAUUCUGAGGAUGGGCCCUGGUCUGCGGCUGACGAUGGCAGGGAGUUCGAUGGGCCAAGCUACGCACUCCCCGUACGUGCGGUCUUUCAAAACGGCUCACAGCUUGCCCGCUUCGUUCGAAUCCUGCCGUUAAGUCACCGGAACCAUUGCUCUCUCCGUGCAGAUGUGCUGCUGGCUACAGGAGAACCGGACAAACCGCCCGUAAUUGUCGCUCUGGGAAACUUCAGUGCAGGAGACCCAUUCGAAUCCGAGACGCCCGAGGUGCCGAUGGAUGCGAUGAUGGAGGAGCAGCACCUGGCGAUGUUGCAGGCCAAGCUGAGCUCACUGCCACCCAAACUCCAGAAUCAGGUCGGAUCCCUGGCCACAGUGCAGGGAUAUGAGAUGAAGUCGCUACAGCGACAGGCGCUGGACGAGAUUCCUGUGCUUGGCCUCGAUGCCGCCGUGAAUCCGAGCGAGAGCUACGAGAUCUCCUUCAUGAGGAUGCUGGUGCGUUGGUUUAAGCAUGAGUUCUUCAGCUGGACGAAUGCACCCAGGUGCGAGCACUGCGGCUCAACUGAGACAAAAACAGUGGGUCGCGCCGACCCGACACCCGAGGAGAAGCACUUCAAGGCCAACACUGUUGAACUGGCAGAAUGUUCGAAGUGCGGCGGGCAAACGCGAUUUCCUCGCUACAACGAUCCAGCAAAGUUGCUUCAGACCCGAACGGGGCGCUGUGGUGAGUGGGCCAACUGCUUUACGCUCGUAUGCCGUUCGCUCGGCUACGAAGCUCGACAUGUGCAUGACUGGACAGACCAUGUUUGGACCGAAGUCUUCUCGGACUCCAAACAAAGGUGGUUACAUGUCGAUUCUUGUGAAGCGGCACUGGACUCCCCCCUCAUGUACGAGAAGGGCUGGGGGAAGAAGCUGACGUACUGCAUCGGCUUCGCUCGAGAUCACGUGGUGGAUGUGACCAGGCGAUAUACGCAAAGCUUCGAGGAGUUGCUCCCCCGGCGGACACAGUGCGCAGAAGAGGAGUUGAAGAAAGCUGUGAGCGCCAUCGACGAGUUUGCCUUGGAUCGAUCGUUAGUGCCGUACCCCGAGACUGCGGCUGCUGCACGCCGCGCUCUGCUAUCUGCGAGGGCUGAUGCCGAAGCACAGGAGACAACACACGUCGCCACAAAGGCGGAGGAGGUCGGGCGGACCAGUGGGGAUGCUGCUUGGCGCGCUCAGAGGGGCGAGCUCGGAGCCAACGACGCGGCAAAGCAGAAGGCCCUUGAUUGCUCCGAAACGGGCUUGGAACAAGCAGGCACAUCCCGCCCCUCGACGGGGUACAAAGGUGCCGAGGACGCGCAGGCAGCGCUGCGCGCGAGGGUGGCCAAGCUCAUGGCCACAGGGCUUUCGGCGAACGAUGCCUUGUUGAAGGUGCUGGAGGAGGCUAAGCAGAAGGCUUAA